UUACAUAUGAAUCUUAAUUCUGUACCUCUCAUUCUGCCUUUUAUACUGCCUAAAAAACUUUCAACACCCAUUUUGAAGCUAAAGUUGAGAUCCAUAUUUUGUAUUUUUCUUCAUAAUUCACUUUUGUAAAUAACAACUGGAUAUUUUGUCAAUUGGCCCAGGUGACGUUCCACAACUGUAAUGAAGUAGUUAAAAACUCAUGGAGAAUUUUCCAGCAAACUUGUAACUUGUGUCUCUUCUAAGAACUCAAGGUAUAUUGUGGCCUUGUUGUCUUUUCCUAAAGAGUACUUUUGUACUGUAACUUAUUUUUUAUUAUGCCUGAAACACUAUGUAAAUAAACCUUUAGAAAUAAAGAAUUAUAAAUUAUAUAAUUUGCUUACAUUCAAAUCGUCAAAAUUUACAAAGCAGUUAAUAACAGAAAACAGGGGUAUACAUUUUGUUUUCCUGAAGUUUUCUUCAUAGACAGCCUGAAAGUCAGUGAUGGAGAACAUUCCCUUCUAUUAGAUAUAGAAUACUAUGUGGAUUUCUAUAGACUUUCCACAUUGUUUUGGAUAGCUGGGAAUUGGGCAAAACGAUACAACAUAGGUCGAAGACUGGUUUCUCAAGACAGGGUCUCUACGUAGCACAGGUUGGUCUUCAUGCUCCUGCCUCAGCCUUCCAGAUGUUGAGAUUAUAGGCUUCUGCAAUCCUGCCUGGUUUAGGUUGGGGACUUUUGAAACAAUAGUAUCAAGUUUUCUACUUGGUACUUUUAUUUCUUCAUAGAGAAACUACCAGCUUUCCAAAAUCUACUAAAAGUACGCCAGUUGAAAAAUAGAACGCUAUUAGGUGUUUCCCAGAGCUGAGGGUUUUGUUCUUCCCCCUUGACUGCUUUGGCAGCUCCUGGAGGACUGGGUAACUAGAUUGGUCAAGCAAGGUCCUGUACUGUCUUUUUCAGGAUGUUAGAUAAUCUCAUUUUACCUCAAGUUCUAUGAUGUAAUUUUUACUUUUCUGAAUAAAAGAUCCACAAGCCCUAGUUCCCCUUCCCGUCUAAUACAUGCUGUAAUGAUUUCAUCAUCGUCACUGUCAACAGUAAUAAGCAUCCAGUUCUGGAUGAUGUAAUAGCUACAUUAAAUGAAACUAGAACCAGAGGCCUUAAUGUAUUGGUCACAGGGUGUACCACGACUUUACUGACUGAUCUUGCAUGCUCUUCUGCGUCUCUUUGAACUUAAAAUGUACAAGAAUCUUCUUUGAGAGUUCAACUAAAAUAACCUCUAGAGACCCAACAACGUGUGGAGUAGUCAGAGGAUCAAGGCUGGUUCUACAGAACCCCCUAAAAAUUAUUUUCCCAAAGUCUGUAGCCUACUUUAAUUUCAAGCAGACGAGGGCAAUCAGAAUCGCUGGACACUGAAACCACUGAAAUGGUCAGAUACUGCUAAGAGGCUGGGUCCCUGCCGCAAAUCCGGCUGACCAUUUUAAAGUGGCUCCCGCGCUGACGUCACGUCCGGUGUCACCUGCGUGGUUCCCGGGAGCAGUAAACAAGGUGUGCAAGUCUCGGAAGACCCGUCGGGAUGCCACAGAGGAUGCAGCAGCGCGGAGCGGCAGGAGGCCGUGGCUGCGCUCUCUUUCGACUACUGAGCAUCCUGCUCUUCCCAGGUGGGCAUAUGAUCCUUUCUUUGGAGAUUAGCGCAGAUGCUCAUGUUCGAGGCUAUGUUGGAGAAAAGAUUAAGCUGAAAUGCACCUUCAAGUCGUCUUCAGAUGUCACUGACAAACUGACCAUAGACUGGACAUACCGCCCGCCGAGCAGCAGUCGCACAGAAUCUAUUUUUCAUUAUCAGUCUUUCCAGUACCCAACCACAGCAGGCACAUUCCGAGACCGGAUUUCCUGGGCUGGAAAUGUGUAUAAAGGGGAUGCAUCCAUUAGCAUAAGCAAUCCCACCCUAAAGGACAACGGCACAUUCAGCUGUGCAGUGAAGAACCCUCCAGACGUGUAUCAUAACAUCCCCCUGACAGAGCUGACGGUCACAGAAAGGGGUUUCGGCACCAUGCUGUCCUCAGUGACCCUUCUUUCCAUCCUCGUCUUUGUUCCCUCCGCAGUGGUGGUCGCUCUGCUGCUGGUAAGAAUGGGGCGGAAGGCUACAGGGGUGAGCAAGAGGAGCAAGUCUGGCUAUAAGAAAUCUUCCAUUGAAGUUUCAGACGACACUGACCAGGAGGAGAAAGAUGAUUGCAUGGUGAAGCUUUGUGUCCGCUGUGCGGAGUGUCUGGAUUCGGACUUUGAAGAGGCAUACUGAUGAAAGUCUGUGUGAUACAGGAAGACUUACCUACUAACAGGAGAUCCCACCCCCUGGCUGGGAGUGCCGCUGGCAGGGACAGCAGGGACAGAGAAUUCUGGAGGUCACCAGUGAAGACUUUAGGAAGCAAUUAUUUAUUGAAGAAAUGUUCUUUUUGUAUUUAUAAAUUAUUCAGAAACUCUCAGAAGAAACUGUGACUUCCCUUCUUAACAAGUUAUGCUCUAAUGAAGAAAUUCUUUUUUUGAACAGAAAGACACUUCCUGGUUUACCUUCACCCUUGAAUGUAUUGCACGUUUUCUUCCAGUUACAUGAAAGAGAAUCCUAAAUGUCUGUCACACUGCUGGUGCCAAAAUCAUGUUUUUUAAUGAAAUGGAGCCUCUAACUUCUUGAUGAUAUGCAAUGGACAAAACACUUGUUUGGAAUAGAUAUCUUUUCAUUUUUCUCCAUGAGUAUUUUCUGUUGUGAAUAUUCAGCAUCUACUGCUUGGUUUUUGGUCAUCAAUUGUAUUUGGGUGGCUUGAAGUAUUUAACUUUGAUUUCUCUGAGCUGGCAAGCUCAGAAGUGAUGGGUUUGCUUUAACUGGGUUGUUAAAGUGUUAAAGUGUUGUUGAUUUACAGUUAAGGAAAAGAGUGGUGAGAUGGAAGAAUUCUUUGCAUUUGUCUUGCUUGGUACAAGAAAUCUUGGUUAUUUUAUGUUUCUAUAAUUAGUUUGUGGUUGCCUUUUUUUUAGGUCAAAGGCAAGGAAAACCUCUGUAAAAGGUUUUGAGUGGAGACUUUAAAAAUAUUUUAGCAAUUUUUUGCACCAAAUCUUUUCACUUGUAUUAAUCUUUAGGAUAUUUUCCUUUUCUAAAAUGCACCAGUUAUGGCUGCAUUUGCAAGCUGUUUUUGCUCAGUACUGGAGACGAAGAAGUGUGGUUGUAUGUGACAUCUCCCUUCUCGUCUCUCAGUACCUGUUACACACGCCUCUCCUACAGCAACCCUUUUAAAGUUUUUAUUUAUAUUGGAUUUUCUCUAAGCCAGGAAGACAUGGCCAACAUAUCAGGAAGGACUGGCAGCAUAUAGAAAAUGACCCUUUUAGAGCAAUAGGGCUCACUUCAUGAUUGUGGAAGACAUGAAAUACCCCUUCCCAGGCCUUAAUGGUUUCAAUAUGGUGGUCCAUCUUCAUGGUUCUUCCCCAUGUGGCUUGGGAGGCUUGCGUAUUAUAACAUAUGUUUAUCUUAUGAAAAAUAACUCUCAUAUUUACUACCAAGAUCCUAUUUUUGAUAUUUGGGUCAUUAAAUCUGUCUCAUAGAUUUGUUAAUCUUGACCACUAAUUAGUUGAUAAACAUUGUGGUUUACUUCUGGUCAGGUAAGUCCACAGAAGAGGCAAAGAAGGGACUGGCAGUUUACAUUUCCAGUGUUUGAACUUAAUAGUUCUUUGGGCUGCUUGUUAAGGAUAUGGGUAUCUGUGGCCAGUUUAAGGAGACCCUUUCUGACAUCUCAUUAGCGAGAAGAAAACAAUUUGGGCAACAAGCAUAAAUAAUUUAAGCUCUUGCAGAACUGAAAAUAGUGAUCCAGUUAUAAGAGGGACAUUUUGUGGGUCUCAUUUUGUGUGCCAGAGAUAUUAGAAUCCAUUUAAACCUUCUCUUCCCAUUCAGUGAGGAAGCAGUUUUGGUGAUGCCUUGUAAUUUUCUUCAUUGUGAGGAUUAGUCCAGCUUAGACCUAAGUUGGCCACUUUAGGUAAAUGGUGCUCUGUGAGUACUUAGACACAUUAUUUUGUCUGGUGUGACAUGGUCCUUUCUUAUUUAAAUGACAGGACAAUGGAAUCCUUCAUGGUAAGAGAGUGACUUAGUAAUUUAGUUUGCUCUGUGGGUUUGUGGUGGCAUCCCAGGCACAGACUGCCCUCAGCUUCCUUCUUCACCCUUAUAUUGAGAUUUGGGCUACAGAUCUUUUUUUCUCUAAAGGAAAGCAAAGCAGUCUUAGACCUCUGGCUUUCUUAAGGAUGGAAAUAAGAUAAAGGUUUUAUUUUGUUGGUUUAACUUACUGUUUAAUAUCUUCUAAGGUACUACCUCUCUAUCUCUUUCUUUUGCUGCUCAGUGGGCUUUUGUCAAACCAUGUGAAAUUAUAGCAUUGUCUGGAAAGGUAAUUUAAAUAUUUUCUUGUGGUUACAUUACCUUGUGAGUUUUAUACAUCAGGCUCUUAAAACUGUUACAAAAUGUGAAUUUAUAAAGUCUUUGUUUUCCCCUGUGACUUGUUAUUUCAGGCCCCUUGGGGGCAUCUUAGCUGUCUGCAGCUCCCGAAUCUGCCACUGGUGCUUCACGAGGGAAAGUUGAAAGUGUGUGUGUGUGUGUGUGCGUCCGUGUGUGUAUGUGUGUUACAACAACAUCAGAGGACCCGGAGGCCAAAUCCUGAACCUGAAUGUUUAUUGUAUCAUGCAGCUACAGUCUAAGAUGUGCUAAGAAGACCCACAGGAGUGGACCAAGAUGGUUAUUUAAUGGCCAAAUCAAAACUUUCCUGCCAGAAGAGGCAGCUCCCCACCAGUGUUUGACUGUUAACUGCUGCAUCUCAGUGCCUUUUAAAUUAGGUUUGCAGGGGUAUGAGCUGUGAUGCUGUGUGCAUAGACAUUGUAAAUCAUGGUAUCUUUUUACUCCAUUGUAGUCAAUAAACUUCUUUGCACUUUCUGGCUACCUUUUGGUGUAUAGC